GCUGUGUCGUCUUCCGCUUCGUACUUUUUUCAAUAGACUACAUGGUUUCUCUCCGCUUUCCUUUCCCCUUUCCUCAACGGCCGGGCCGUCGGUCAGCUCACCUUGCCAAUUCUUCCUCAUUUCACUUCUCGCCGGCCUUCGUGGCCGCCACCGCCGCUACUAUUGCCGGUGCCACCGCCGGAAUCGGGGUUGCCCUUGCUAUGUCGCCCAACUCUUCCAAGGAGAUUGGAGACCCUUCCUACCACAUUCCAUCUAAUUCUGCUGCUUCUCUCUCGGCAUCGAUAGCCCUCGCUGAAUCUUCAGGCACGGCUGUCGAACCCAAGACGGGGGUACUUUUCCCAAGCGUCGUUGACGGCGCCCGUCGCCUACUGGGAAUCGGGUUGCGGAAAAAAAAUGUCUUUGGCCUGAAGAGCAUUGACGUCUAUGCUUUUGGUGUAUAUGCUGAAGUCAAUGAUGUAAAGAAAUUGAGAGAGAAGUAUGGAGCUCUUUCUGAGUCUGAAGUUAGAGGAAGCAAAGAAUUCUUCGCAGAUGUUUUGGAUCAGGACUUAAGGAUGACAGUUAGGCUCCAAAUUGUAUAUGGAAGAUUAACCAUUGGCUCUGUGCGUAGCGCCUUUGAAGAGUCUGUGGGCAACCGGCUUAAAAAGUUUAGUGGUUCAGAUAACAAGGAGCUACUUAAAAGGUUUACAUCACUCUUUAAAGAUGAAUACAAGCUACCCCGUGGCUCUGUUAUUGAUCUGUCAAGAGAACAAGGCUACAUACUUCAAACAAAAAUUAAUGGAAAUGAGGUGGGGAGCAUCCAAAGCAAACUUCUCUGCCAAUCCAUAUUGGAUCUUUAUAUUGGUGAUGACCCUUUUGAUAAAAAGGCAAAAGAAGACAUUGGGGCUGGACUAACAUCUCUUCUUCAAGACUAAACUACUCAUACUGCUAUAAUCCAAUUGGUUCCUCAACCUGUUCUAAAUUGUUCCAUUUUUUACAAUCUUUAUUUACUCGAUUCAUUAAUACUUUUUUUAUGGGUACUUAUUGUUUUAAGCAAAUUUCUUAAACCCUUCACUCCCAUUGUAGAACUUUUGGUUUCAUUAGUUUCAUGUGGUUUGGAAUUUGUUUUCCAUCAUCUUUUA